AUGUCCUUGAAGGAUGCUCUAUUUCAGCAUGCCCAGGAAAACAGCAGCCUGGCCAGGCUUUUCCUGGGUGGGAGGGGCAGUGACCCCACCACUGCACAAGGGCUUCCUGCCAUCUUCCUGGUCAGCGGUCACUCGGAGUGGCCUCCGGCUCUUCUCACCCCACGUGGCCUCGGUGGGUGCCACCCCUUGACCCUGACCCCUCGGGACCUCAAGGGAUCUGAGCCUUGUCCCAAAGUGGCAGCCUCGCCUCUCCCACACGGCACCACUGGCCCAGCCCUUGGGCAGAAGCGUCCUCCCUUACAGCCAGCCAGGGCCUUCAGCGUGUCGACAGCCCUCAGCCCUGCCCCAGCCGCACUCUUUCUCCAUCGCAGCCCCACUCAGCCCGCCAACUUCCCUGCCUCGUCCCGGUGGGACCCACUGGAGCCUCAGUCCCUGGAGCCUUCGCCCCACCCUCUCCUCCCUCCUCCCCACCCCCACUCUGCACUAACGCUCAGUGCGGCUGGAGAAUCGUGGGGCAAACAACCUCUUGGAGAGCCGGGAGGAGGCUGUGGAGACCCCCGGGAAAGGCUGGUGACCUGGGGCUGAGGACCCGGGAGCAUGGGGCUGGAGGGACUGGAGACAGCUGGCCGGCCACCCGUGAUCCUGCUGCCCACACCCAACGCAAGUGCACGGGGCGAGGAGUUUGAAGGCCCCUGGCCAGAGAUCCCAGCCAGGUCACCGUGUGUGGCUGGGGUCAUCCCUGUCAUCUACUACAGCGUCCUGCUGAGCCUGGGGCUGCCUGUCAACCUGGUGACCACUGUGGCCCUGGCCCGCCUUGCCGCCAGGACCAGGAAGCCCUCCUACCAGUACCUUCUGGCGCUCACAGCCUCGGACAUCGUCACCCAGGUGGUCAUCGUGUUCGUGGGCUUCCUCCUGCAGGGCGCCGUGCUGGCCCGCCAGGUCCCCCGGGCCGUGGUGCGCACGGCCAACGUCCUGGAGUUUGCUGCCAACCACGCCUCAGUGUGGGUCGCCGUCCUGCUCACGGUGGACCGCUACAAAGCCCUGUGCCACCCCCUGCACCACCGGGCCACCUCGUCCCCCGGCCAGACCCGCCGGGCCAUUGCUGUCAUGCUCAGCGCGGCGCUGCUGACCGGUGUCCCCUUCUACUGGUGGCCGGAUGUGUGGAGGGACGCGGACCCGCCCAGUGCGCUGGACGAGGCCCUCAAGUGGGCGCACUGCCUCCUCGUCUACUUCGGCCCCCUCGGCAUCUUCCUGGCGGCCAACUCAGCCAUCAUCUUCCGGCUCCGAAAGAGGGGCCGGAGCGGGCUGCGGCCUGCGGUGGGCAAGAGCACGGCCAUCCUCCUGGGCGUCACCUCGCUCUUCAGCCUCCUCUGGGCCCCGCGGGUCGUUGUCAUCCUCUACCACCUGUACGUGGCCCCCGUGCACCGGGACUGGAGGGUGCACCUGGCCUUGGACGUGGCCAACAUGGUGGCCAUGCUCAACACAGUGGUCAAUGUCGGCCUCUGCUGCUUGGUCAGCAAGACCUUCUGGGCCACCGUCCAACAGGUGAUCCACAGUGCCCUGCCCUGCACCCCGAGGUCACGGCUGGACGGCACGGUGGGGGACCCUGUGCUGAAGCCCUUAGGACUCCUCAGAGUCGGAACUGUAGGGGAGGGGCCCAGCCAGGGAGUUAGGGGGCUCGGGGCCACGUGUACCGGGACCCGUGUGGUUGUGCCCAACACUCAACGGCACCCUGCUUUGUAAUCUGGGGCAGGGGGAGAGGCCCCUCCUUCAGGGCCGGCUCCCAGGUAGAGAGAAGGCUGUAGGUUCACUUCCCCUGCACUAGCGUUUCCUGCGAAAGGGGCCGGGCUCUGCAGCCGCAGGCUGGUGGUAGCCGCUGCUGUGGACGUCCUGUGAGGGGUGUUGGGCCGGCCCAGGAUCGGUGCUGACGUCAGUCGAGUGAACCAUCUGCAGCCCAGCCCCUUCCCUGCGCCUGCCUGUCUUUCCCGGAAUCAUCAGCUUCUCUGGCUCCCAGGGGCAAUGCUGGGGUUUGGAAGGGACGCUAUCUGCAAGCACCCGGGCCUUCUGUGCCCAGGGGGCGCCCCAUGUAUUUGGCCUAGCGAUGGGAGGGGGUGCUUGGCACACCUGAGUCCCAGGGUGUCCCGUGGGGGGUGGCCUCAGAACAGGUCGCGCCCCUGCCUGCCUCUGCUGUCCCAGGGAGACUGAGCUCCCCAGGGCGCAAACAUCCAGGUUUGAUUUCGUGUCAACCCCUGCCUGGGGCCAGUGUGGGUCUGGCCCAGAGGAGGCUGCAGGUGCUGUUGCCACUGAGGAGAAAGGAAAUGGCCUCUCAGCUCAGGACACCGAGGGCAGCCCCAGCCUCCACGCCUCCGCUGAGCCCUCCAAGCCCAGCCCUAGAAGGAAGUUCCUCCGCUGGAGGGUAUAGGUGGCUGGUGGUGGCUGUGGCGGGGCUCUGCCCCCACCCAGCCUCUCCAGACCCCUCUCCCCUCGGCUGCAGGCCUGGGGAGGCAGCUGCCAGGGCCUAGCAGAUGGGACUCCCACCUGCUCAGCCUUCGGUAAACACAUUAGCCGCUGGAGCUGGGGCCCCUUUCUGUUCCCGGUCAGGCUGAGCUGACCUCUUCCCUGGAAGGAGGCCCAGGCCCGCCCCACCCACCCACCAAGUGGUCUGGCAGACAGAGAGCUCAUGUGCACCAGGCACACAGUGGUGCAGAAUAAACGCCCUGGCUUUCCCGUACCUCUCUGCCUCUCCCCAGAGCAGGGGUAGCCAGGCAAUUCCCAGCUCCAGGAACUCGGAAAGGCAAACCUUUGCUCCCACUUGUGCCACAGACACCUGGGGGCCAUGACCUGACUGAGUUGACGUCAUCCCUGCGUUACAUCCAGAAGGGCCACUCCUGACUGGCUGGGGGUGCGCUGCGGCCCCCCGCCUGCUAGAGUGGGGACUGAAGCCUCGUUUGGGCCACGCGUACCUUCCUCUCUUCUGAAAUCCUCCACCUUCUGAGGCCCAUGGGGCCGAGCUCAGAGAAUGGACUGGGACAAAACCAUAUCGGGACCUUUAAGCCAGCACUUCCACUGCGAGAGCUAGGCUGCCCCCGUGGGAGCCAGGCAUGGGGGUCCCCGGCGUGCACGUGCAGGUACAGCCAGGGGCAGAGGACGCACCUGGGCCCUAGGCCCUGCUGAUGGAGGAAGGGUGCAAGUACAGCGCCCAGGAAGAAGCCCAGCCCAGCCCCAGUCUGACGGGCUGGUCGGGGCCAAGUCCUCUGUACACAAGGAGGCCCGGGGAAGAAAGCAAAGCGCCUCUGGUGCAGACCGAGGGGGCUUUGGGGGCUUCUCCCUCUCCAUGACAGACCUGCGGGGGUCCUGCAGGGGAGCUGAGCAGUGGGUAGGUCUUCAUCGGGGGCGAAUGCACCAGGGCAAGACCAGGGGGCUUGGCCAAUGUCUGCAAGCCUCUAGCUGGCUGGGGGGCUGUCCCAGGGAGACCAGGGCAGAAAGAUUUGCUCACCUGUCCCUGAACACUGUGCAGCCAGAAAUUAAAAACCUCUGGGGGCAGCGCUUUUGAGGCAAGUAGAAUUUUUGUGCAGGUGGGGACUCGAGCCACCAAAACUCCGUGUUAAUGCUACUAUGGCCUCACUGUACACGCGGACCGGGGCGACACCAGUGUUUCCAAAUAGCUGACUGCUGAGCACUGCAAGCAUUUCACAGGCUGAGGAAACUGAGGCGUGGGAGGUGAGAUGGUGUGCACAUCGGCCCAAAGCUGGCCAGGAGCAAGGCCAAGACGCCAGCCAAGCCUGCCGGCUCCUGGUCUGCCCUCCUGGCCUCAGGUGCUCCUGGGCUGUGGCACCCUCAGAAGGCUGUGCCUUGCUUGCAGCUCUCCUGUCCUGGGCUCAUCCGAUUUGAGGGACCGAGAGCGUGUUUCCUCAUGUAAUAAAUCAGUUGCUAUCCGUGGUGGCCUCUACCAGUGUCCCAGACACUUGGGAAGCUGAGAUGUGAGGCUCGCUUGAGCCCGGGAGUUCAAGACCAUUCUGAGCAACAGAGCAAGACCCCGCCUCAGAAUACAUAAAAUGCAUUAGGUAGCAUUGCCUUUUUAGUGUUUUUGUAACCUUUUAUAAAUGAAGCAAGUCACUGAAAUGUAUUUUAAUCUGCUGUCGUUGCUUCCUUUAUGCGUUUCAUUAAACCCUUAAUGGGCUCCUGUCCUUCCCUCCUUCCCCCACCCUCUCGAAGUAUCUCACCUAAUGGAAAUCUGUCUUGAAGUCCCAGGCUCUCUUACAGUUCCCACUGCAUGGUGCCUGACUGGUCAGUCAUCUUACUGUGUCAUUAACCCUUCAUCAACACUGGGGAUGGUCACUUGUCAAAGGUCUCUCUUUUCUUUACAAGCCUAUGGAUGACUUUGCUGGUUUGGCAGUUGGGUGACAAAUUGUUUUCUAGACUCUGUAUAUUACUUUUCUAGGGUUGCCAUAAAAAAACACUGCAGGCUGUUGGUUUAAACUACAGAAAUGUAUUUUCUCACUGCUCAGGGGGCCCAAGUCCCAGAACAUGGUGUGCGGUGUGACUCCAUGAGGCCUCUCCUUGGCCUGCAGAUGAGCAGCUGCUUGCUGUGUCCUCCCUGGUGUUUCCUGGUGUCUGCGAAUCUCUCCUUAUAAGGGUGUCGGUCAGACUGGCUCCACUCUGACAGCCUCCUUUUAACCUAAAGGAUUAUGACCACAUCUAAUCACAUUUGGGGGAUACUAGCAGUUAGAGCUUCAGUGUAUGCAUUUGGGGGACACAAUUCAGCCCAUAACACUAUGGUUAUUUUAAGUUGAAAUGUUUGGCAAUAAAUCCAGUCUUUGGUGAAAGUAACUUUUUGUAGCUUUGCAUGGAACAACCUCCACCACGCUCUGCUCCCCGGUUGGUGUGAGACAAGAUUCAAAGGCAGUCUUUUCAAUUCCAUACCAAGGGUGUCUUUUCAUUCUGAGGUGCACCCCGU